AUGGAUAUUCAUGAAGAUGAAGAAUCUUGGUUUUUGUCCAACAAUUCACAUGUAUAUGUACAGUUGCAUCCUGAUGGUACCGUCACUGCUGCUAAACUAUGGGGUUGUGGGACUGUGUUGUGGUCUGCUCAAGAUUCCAGGCAGGAAAAACCAGUAUGCAAGCAAGAAAUAUUGUAUACCAAGAAAGAGAAGUCAUAUCCAAAGAUUAAAAUCGUUGUUCUAAUUACAGUGAUGGGCGUGUUAACCGUUAUGCUUGUUUGUCUUGUUCUUUUCUGGAGAAGGAGAAACAAGCCAUCCCUGGAACUAUCAAUGAGUUCCAAUAGCGGCCUCAAGAUCUUUUCAAACAUGCAAAUAAAGAAGGCAACGAAGAAUUUCUCCGAAAAACUUGGAGAAGGGGGUUUCGGCUGUGUUUACAAGGGGGAAUUGGAAGGUUUCUCUCUAGUGGCAGUCAAAAAUCUAAAAAGCAUCGGACAAGGGGAAAAGGAAUUCCGAGCAGAAGUACAGACAAUUGGCAUAAUUCACCACAUCAAUAUUGUCCGGUUAUUUGGUUUUUGUGCGGAAGGGCUGAAAAGGGUUCUGGUAUACGAGUACAUGGAGAAUGGUUCUUUGAGUUCUCAUCUGUUUUCAAAGAGUUCGGCCGUAUUAACCUGGGAUCUCCGGUACCAUAUUGCACUUGGAACUGCAAGAGGCUUGGCUUAUCUCCAUGAGGAAUGUAAAGAAUGCAUUAUACAUUGUGACAUGAAGCCAGACAAUGUACUUCUUGAUGCAGAGUUCUGCCCCAAGAUUGCGGACUUCGGCAUGGCCAAGCUUCUAGGUCGAGAUUUCAGCAGGGCUUUGACAACAAUGCGAGGGACCAUUGGAUAUCUUGCACCGGAGUGGAUAUCGGGGUUACCGAUCACACAUAAGACUGAUGUUUACAGCUAUGGCAUGAUGCUUCUUGAAAUCAUAUCUGGUCGAAGGAACUCAGAGAAAAUUAAGGAAGGAAAGUUCACAUACUUUCCCAUCUUUGCGGCAAUCAAGGUGAAUGAGGGAGAUGCUAUGUGUCUGCUGGACAGUAGGUUGGAAGGCCAG